CAUUUUCUUGACUGCAGCUCUGGGUAUCCCUGAAGCUCUGAUCCCUGUUCAGCUGCUGUGGGUGAACCUGGUGACUGAUGGUAUGCCAGCUACAGCCCUCGGCUUCAACCCCCCAGAUCUGGACAUCAUGAAGAAACCACCUCGCUCUCCCAAGGAGGGUCUGAUCACCGGCUGGCUCUUUUUCAGAUACAUGGCCAUUGGCAUUUAUGUCGGCUGUGCAACUGUUGGUGCUGCCGCCUGGUGGUUUAUGCUCUACGACCAAGGCCCCAAACUCAACUACUACCAGCUGACACACCACAUGCAGUGCCCGGCCGAGCCAAGGAUGUUCAAGGGAGUCGACUGCAAUGUGUUCCAGGCCCCCGAACCUAUGACAAUGGCUCUCUCGGUUUUAGUUACUAUAGAGAUGCUGAAUGCACUUAACAGCUUGAGUGAGAACCAAUCCCUGGUGGUGAUGCCUCCCUGGACCAACCUCUGGUUGAUUGGAGCCAUCAGUCUCUCUAUGUUCCUGCAUUUCUUCAUCCUCUAUGUGGAUGUUAUGUCU